GCCUGGAGCCUCAUAAAAGUGCCGGGCUUGAGACGCCGGACAGAACCCUGGGCUACACAGGCACACAGACAGAAAUGGCAUUGACCACUCAAAUCCAGGCUGCUUGCCUCUUGUUCCUCCUCUUCUCUAACUCUGUCUGCUCUUCUGUUCUACCAAGCAAGACACAGGACCUAGUGCAGACCCCCCUCCAGGAAGCAGCUCCAGCUCACGAUGAUGUGAUGCCCCUGCUUCAGAGGACAAAGAGGUUCAACAGCCAUAUUCCCAUCUGCUCAUUCUGCUGUAAUUGCUGUCACAACACAAGAUGUGGCUUUUGUUGCAGGGCGUGACCCGAGCCUGUCACCUCAUCUCAUCUCGUCUCGUCUCCCUCUUCCCAAAUUCCCUUUCCCCCUUCAUUUUCUAAUUUAUUCCCUCCCCCUUUCCCUUCCUGUUGUGACUGUCUCACAAUAAAAUGGGAUGUUUUCUCAAAAAAA